UAAUGAAACAUCAAUAGAACAAUUAUACCAAAUUAUUUUACCUUAAAAGUUAUUAUAUAUUAUUAAAUAUUUCCUUUAAAUAAUGGCAGAUGAAUAUGCAGCUGUUAAACGUAGCAAAUUGGUUUUUAAAGGAGAUAAACCUAAAGCUAAAAAAAGAAAACAUAAAAAUAAAGAUAAGUCAACACAUUCUAAAAUUGAUGAAGAUUUGGUAAAACAUGGAAAUUGGUGGAAAGUUGAAAAGAUUGAGGAUCUGACUGGUCCCAUUUCCAUUGAAUUUGGAAAUCUAACCUAUAUAUCAGCAUUAGAUAAUGGUUUAUUUACUUUGGGUGCUCCUCACAAUGAAGGUGAAGGUCCAUCUCCCGAGGAAAUAUUUACAGCUUUUCCUGCAGGAGAAAACAAAUUUGCUCUCAAAUCAGGAUAUGGAAAAUAUCUAGGUAUAUCCAAAGAUGGUGUAGUUAUUGGAAGAUCUGAUGCUGUAGGACCUAUGGAACAAUGGGAACCAGUAUGGCAAGAUGGUAAAACAGCAAUACUUAGUUCAUUAAAUAAAUUUGUCUGUGUGAAUAAUGAGGAUGAUUCUAUAGUAGCUAUACGUUCCUCCGCGAGCAAUCAAGAGUUUUGUAAUAUUCGUAGUAAUAGAAGUAAGGUCGUGCAAAAAGUUUUAGUGCCUGAGGAAGAAGGGGACUUAGCAGAAGUUGAAGUCAACUAUGUAAAAAAGUUUCAAAAAUUCCAAGAUAAAAAGCUGCGCAUAAAUGAUACAGGUGUAGUAGAAUUAAAGAAAGCAAAGGUGGAUGGUAAUCUUCAUGAGACAUUAUUAGACAGACGGGCCAAAAUGAAAGCAGACAGAUAUUGUAAAUAGGCAAUAAAUAGCUCAUUGUUAUGAGACUCUUUGAUUAAUAAAAGAAUAAUAUCAUAAGAACA